AUGGAAGCCAUGGAAGCCGGCAGUCGGCAGAGCGCCAUUUUGCCCUCAAUAUCUUCCAUAGAUGCCGAGAAGAGCAGAAGAGAUGACACGGAUUUCCAGCGCAAGCACUCCGCCGCAGCUAUGGUCAGCCCGUCGUUUCCCUACUCAAACCCGCCCUACGCCACCCAUCACCCGCCUGCUGCCAGCGCACCGCCAGCAAGCUUAGCAGGCCUCAUUUCUCCCCCGGAGUCCCGCCGCACAUCUGGAGAUGAGAAGGAGCAAAAACCGCCCACAAGGCAAUCACUACCGUCAAUCCACGAAGCGCUGGCAUCCGAACAACCAAUGCCCUACCCGCCUCACCCGACCUCGACCGGUCCGCCGCCCGCGUCGCAAUACUUCCAGCCCCCGCCAACCUCUGCCACCUCGCAUCCGGACUCUGCCAGGAGACACUUCUCUCAGGAUUUCUCCAGCAGGGACUCGCCCGCCCUCUACUCGCAGCACCCAGACCGCAGUCCGUACAUGAAGCCGCCCCCUCAGCCACCCUACUCCCAGGCCGCACAGGAUCCGCCACGGCCGACUUUGCCAACCACUCACAAUCCCAAGCUGCCAACUUUGCAUCCGCUACGAACAGAGCCGUCCCCCGUGAACAACUCGAGGCCUUCGUUCAGCGCGGGUUACGCUUAUUCACAACAACAGUCUCCGGCCUAUGAGCAAAAUCCUCAGCAGGCUGGUCCAGUGCAACCGCAGCAGCAACCCUUCGGUUUCAACCACCCGUACGCUCCCGGUCCGUAUCCGUACAGUGCGCCUCCACCACCGCCUCCCCCAAGUCAAGUCAACCCUCCGUAUCCUCCAUCAGCCCCGGCAGCGUAUUCUGCAUCAGGAGGCUAUCCCCCCACGUGGAGAUCGGAUGGUGCCGAAGUCAGGCGGGCGGAGGAAAGCAAGAGAGCCGGGAGACAUGCAGGCCCGGCACUCUAUGGCGAGUCGGUCAAGCGGCACCUCGAUAACUUUGAUUUUGAAGCAUCCCUCAACGAGAUCGCGGAAGGAAGCGGGCGUUUAAACGAGUUCCUGAGAAUACACGGCCAGCGCGCGCACCAGGCGCAGCGGGCAGGGCCGCUCCCAGGCUCGAUGCCAUUGAUCCAUGAAGUCGAUGAUUUGAUGAAAAGCAGCCAACGGAUCGUGGAUUCCUUGGCGCGGAUCCGUGAGGUGGUGCUAACGACACAGCAAGCCCACCACUUGGCGGAACAAGCACAAGAUCCGAGGUUCAAGGCAACAAACGGCUACGAACCCGAAGAAUCCCAGAAUCUGUAUGGAGAGGAUCCGAAGGGUGGUGGUGGCUUCGCAGGGUCUGACCCAAAGAAGCGCAGAGGGCGCGCGGCGCCCCCGGGUCGUUGUCACAGCUGCAACCGGGCGGAAACUCCAGAGUUGCGGAGAGGUCCAGACGGCGCACGUACCUUGUGCAACGCCUGCGGUCUCCACUACGCCAAACUCACACGAAAAAUGGGCGCCAACAAGGCACCUAUCGGUAGCUCGAAUCUGCGGCCAAAGUCCCUUGGGCCAGGAUCACCGCCGGCCUGA